AUGUGGCUAACAUUCCUGGUCUCCCUGUCCCUUCUGGCCAAAUCAAGCUCAGCCGCCACCGCCACGUCUGCAGAUAAAGAUCUCAGCAACCACGCUACCAUCUUCGCUGACAACAGCGCGAGCCUGGCUCUCAGCCUCUACCAGAACAUGGCAAAGGAAAAAGGCGCAGAGAACAUCCUCAUUUCCCCUGUGGUUGUGGCCUCCUCCCUGGGUCUGGUGGCUCUCGGGGGAAAGGGCUCCACCGCUUCGCAGGUGAAGACCAUCCUGAAUGCAUCUAAGGUUCAGGAUGAGCAGCUGCACUCUGGUUUGGCAGAGCUCCUUACUGAGGUGAGCGACCCAAAAGCUCGCAAUGUCACCUGGAAGAUUAGCAGCCGCCUGUACGGGCCCAGCUCUGUCACCUUUGUGGAUGAGUUUGUGAAAAGCAGCAAAAAGCACUAUAAAUGCGAUCAUUCCAAGAUCAACUUCAGAGAUAAAAAGAGUGCCGUUAAGUCCAUCAAUGAGUGGGCGGCCAAGUCCACCGGCGGCAAGCUGCCUGAGGUCACCAAGGAGGUGGAAAACACAGACGGAGCAAUGAUCAUCAACGCCAUGUUUUUCAAACCUCACUGGGAUGAGAAGUUUCACCCCAAAAUGGUGGACGACCGAGGGUUCCUGGUGACCAGCAGCCACGCGGUAUCACUACAGAUGAUGCACCGUACAGGUCUAUUUGACUUCUAUGAUGACACAACCAAUAAACUGUAUCUUCUGAGCAUGCCUUUGGCUCAGAAGAAGUCCACGGUGGUGUUCAUAAUGCCCUACCAUGUAGAGCCUCUGGAGAGACUGGAGAAGAUGCUUAACAAAACGCAGCUGGACACAUGGAUGGGCAAAAUGAAGCAGACGGCAGUGGCUGUUUCUCUGCCCAAAGUCAGCAUGGAAGUUAGUCACAACCUGCAGAAGCACCUUCAGGAGAUGGGCCUUACUGAGGCCGUGGACAAAUCCAAAGCUGAUCUGUCCAACAUCUCUGGGAAGAAGGAUCUGUACCUGUCCAGCGUGCUCCAUGCUGCUGCCUUGGAAUGGGACACUCAUGGAAAUGAAAUUGACACCAGCAUCUUUGGCACGGAGAAACUCAAAAGCCCAAAGCUGUUCUAUGCUGACCACCCUUUCAUUUUCCUCAUCAAGGACAAGAAGACGAACUCAGUCCUGUUCAUCGGCCGGAUGGUCAGGCCCAAAGGGGAAAAAAUAAAAGAUGAAUUAUGACUGAAUCUAAUGUUUUAAUCUGUGUGUUCUGGAUAUUUGUAAUAUUCUUACAAAAUCCUAAAGCAUUCCAAAAUAUAGAAUUCAGGAGUUGUACUUAAUAUUUUUCUAGUUGAGUUUUUGACCUGAUAUAAUAAGACAAUAAAUAGGUGGAUAUGUUAAAUUAAAGAUUCAGAGCUUGAAAAUAAAAAUACUAUAAUUGAGAUUUUUGCGGUUAUUUGUGGAUGUUUUUCUAUGCUGUUAUGACUUCAUGAUAAAAUAUGGGUUAUUUGCAUCGCUACGUGUGCACAUAAAAUAUUUGUUCUUGUCUGUUGUUUGAAAAAUUGUAAGACUUGAGGCAAACAUUCCUCAAGAAAAGCUCCCAUCAAAUUGUAAUUUUCAAGACGUGAUGACUUUAGAUUUUUGUUUCUAAUCUUUGCACAUGCAGUUUCAAUAUAUUCUUUUCUUUUUCAUGCACUCCAAAUGCAAUUGCACAAAACAGCUAAUAUGCCUAAUUAUUCUUGAUUCUUAAAGGGCAUAUUUGAAAUUUUACAUUAAAAUAUCAAGGGUCUGUGAUAAACGUCCUUCUUUUAAAAUAAAAAUGUGAGAAAAUGUGACAGUA